CCAAGCUCGAGAGAAGAUAGUUCUUUAAGAUUGAUCCUCCGCCCUGAUCAGACAGCCUCUCGCGCUCUCACAGGCUCGCAGCUGCUUUGAUCUUCCCUUAACAACAGGCACGUCAUAGGGGAGUUUUGUCAAGCGGAGCUGCAGCGAGAGUUUAGAGGGUUCAGCAGAGGCAGCAAAGCAUCCACGGGACCAGUGUCCGACACGAGAUCCAGUUUUCUUACUUUUUGUCACUGCUAAACCUCGGGCGCCGCUGAAGACAUGGAGCACCAGCUGUUUUGCUGUGAAGUGGAUACCAUUAGAAGAGCUUACCAAGAUAGCAACCUGUUGAAUGACCGAGUCUUACAGACAAUGCUCAAAGCAGAGGAAAACUACCUUCCAUCACCAAAUUAUUUCAAGUGUGUUCAGAAAGAAAUUGUACCUAAAAUGAGGAAAAUCGUCGCCACAUGGAUGCUCGAGGUCUGUGAAGAGCAGAAAUGCGAAGAGGAAGUCUUUCCGCUGGCUAUGAACUACCUGGACAGAUUUUUAUCUGUGGAGCCCACCAAAAAGACCAGAUUACAGCUGUUAGGAGCAACUUGUAUGUUUUUGGCCUCUAAGAUGAAAGAGACCGUGCCAUUAACAGCAGAGAAGUUGUGCAUAUACACGGACAACUCCGUCCGUCCCAGCGAAUUAUUGCAAAUGGAACUGCUGGCGCUAAAUAAACUCAAGUGGGAUCUGGCCUCAGUGACACCACAUGAUUUCAUUGAACAUUUCCUAGCCAAACUCCCCAUACAUCAGAGCUCCAAGCAGAUACUACGCAAGCACGCCCAGACAUUUGUGGCCCUCUGUGCAACAGAUGUCAACUUCAUCGCCAGCCCUCCGUCCAUGAUCGCGGCCGGCAGCGUUGCAGCAGCAGUGCAGGGGUUGUACCUCAAAAGCAGCGACAGUUGCCUCUCAUCCCAGAACCUCACCAACUUCCUCUCACAAGUCAUCAGAAGCGACCCUGACUGUCUGCGAUCUUGUCAGGAACAGAUCGAGUCCCUGCUGGAAUCUAGUCUCAGACAAGCUCAGCAGCAGAACAUCUCCACAGAGACCAAAAGAGCAGAGGAGGACGUGGACAUCUCUUGCACUCCCACAGAUGUCAGAGACAUUAAUAUCUGAAUGGAUCACUAUUCAUCUUGUGUGCGAUGAAUCUCUUCGUCUUUGUUUCUGUUGGGUAUGGGCUUUGGCCAAAGGCUUCAUGGGACAAAUGGAAAACAGGCUCACACCUGCACCCCACCAUCCGACCAAUACCUCGACAACUUGUCCCUCAGCGCGCCCUAACUGUUGACCGCUGAGCGGCAUCCCCUGUGGUUUUGACGAUUGGGCUAUCGCUGGCCAGGACCACCAGUGGAGCACAGGGAAUGAAAGGAAAUCUCAAUUCUGUCCUUCGGCUCCCCCUCUAUGUCCUAAGUCAUAAAUAAAACAAGCGAAAAAUGAUAUAGGCUAUCUAGGAUUUUUAAAUCGUAUAAACGACAACAGUAGUUGUGACUUGCCCUGACUUGUCGCUGAAAAGACAACGCUGGGUAUUUUAUUUCAAGUGUGUCAGAAACUAUUUUUGAAAGAGAAGAGAUGUAAUUUGUAUAUCUUCGAUUUCUUUCUCUCAUAGAUAGUACCUUGUUACACUUGCUACGAGUGCUCUUUGUUUUGUCUGCAGCCUAGCCGUGUAAAUAUAUCCCCGCUUGCUAUGCCUUUAGUCACUUUAUUAUAAUUCCUAGACAGAUCCCCUAACAAGAUUCUCUUCUCUUCCAAAAUGGUUUAUGUAACCUUAGUAUAUUUUGUACGCAUGUAUUUUUGCUAUGAUCUAGAAGGCUGUGGAUUGCCAGGGGCUGAGGUGCUAACUUGAGGCCAGACGAAAACAUUUCUUCGAAUCGUUGCCUUCACUGCCAUUAAUAAUGUAUAUCGUCAUCACUGCCAUGACACAAUAAGCUUAUGUUGUACCUGCUCCCCGGCUGAGCUUGCUGUGCGGUCCACAGUCUGCUUUUUUGUUUAGAUUCAUGUAUUAUCUAAAACCAUUCCAUUUUAAAAAAGAAAAAAAAAGCACUUUCAGUCCGUCGUUUAAGGCUGGCUUUUAGGAAAGAAAAAAAAGAAAGAAAUUGUUAAAACAAUGAGGGGGAAACAUGGAAUGGAGGACGGAGCAGGUCUCUUUAUCUAUGGUAUUAGUGGUCUGUUAGAGAAAGAGAAGAGGGGGACAUUGAGAAGAUAUUUGCGGUGUAGUUUAAUGGCUACACGAUCCUCUUGCCAGAACGGAUGGAUGCUAGGGAAUGUUUAAGUUGCGAUCCAACAGAACGCACGUAGAGCGGUAGAAACACUACGAUGUUAAAUCAAAGAAUAAGAACUAUUUAUUUUUUCAGUUCCCCUCUUAAGGCCAGUAUGCACGAAUGCCCAAGUGUACCUAUCUUUGAAGUAUGUAUAAUGAUCCGCUAGUUGCUAACUCGUGACACCAUAGUUAAAGUAUUUUUUCCGAGUUGAUGUACUCUGGACUAGUUAUUGUUAAAACAAAAGUUGUGGCUUCAAGUAGAUUUUGCACAAACCCAGAGAUGUCAGUUUGUCUUGUGGAUCUCUGGAAGGGGAGGAAGAUGAGGAGGAGAGGUGGUUGAGGGAGGCAAAAAAGGGUGAUGGCUGGACAUCAAAGAGUUAAAGCAGAACUGAGACGUUUGUACCGUGAGGAAUAACUUAAGAGGAGAACCUGGGAGAAGACACUCCUCAUAUUUAGCUGCUAUGGAGGGAUUUCCAGCAAGUAUGAAACUUUCAAAUGGAAAACAACAAAAAAGAAAAAGA